UAAACUUUCAAGUUGAAAACGAGAGUUCAUUAUCUAUAAGUCCCGUAUCGGCGAAUAGUACUCACAAGUCUCUAAUUUUAACAGCUAAUGGCAUUUACAGUAGUUCAAAAAUUGCAUUCCUCCUUUCACUCUUCUCCAUUGGCUUCUCUUAAUAUUCCUAGAACAAGAAGAAUAUUUAUUCUUUCUACUUGUUUGGCCGUUCCUAAAUCACUCAACACUCAAUUUUUAACCAGAAAAAGAAAUGGUAAUUGUUGUAUAAUUGUAAAAUCAUGUGUGAGUUUGAGUUCACCUAUUGUGUCUCCUGAUGAUCACUGGGGUAUAUGGAUGUCACUUUUCGCAACUGGCGCUUUUGGUUUGUGGUCAGAGAAGACUAAACUUGGGAGUAUGGUUAGUGCUGCAUUGGCUAGCACAUUGGUGGGGCUGACUGCAAGUAAUAUGGGGAUUAUUCCUUAUGAAGCGCCGGCAUAUUCAGUUGUGUUGAAAUACCUGCUGCCACUGACAAUCCCGCUACUGUUGUUCAGAGCAAAUUUGCGGCAUGUGAUACGCUCUACCGGUCCUCUACUUUUGGCUUUCUUGCUCGGAUCAGCCGGGACGAUUAUUGGGACUGUAGUGGCAUAUCUGAUGGUGCCUAUGAGAUCACUCGGUCAAGAUAGUUGGAAAAUAGCUGUUGCCCUCAUGGGAAGCUACAUUGGUGGAACCAUUAAUUAUGUUGCUAUCAGUGAGGCACUUGGUGUGUCUCCAUCAGUUAUGGCUGCAGGUGUUGCCGCAGAUAAUGUUAUUUGUGCAGUAUAUUUUAUUGCACUUUUUUCAUUGGCCUCCAAAAUACCUUCAGAGGCUUCGGCAUCAAGUGGUGAUGCUACUCAAGUUAUGAAGUUUGACCCUAGCAACAAACCUGUGCUGCAGAUUGCUACAGCAGUUGCUGUUUCCUUUGCUAUUUGUAAAGCUGGCACUUCUAUUAGUCGAUAUUUUGGAAUUCAAGGAUGUGACCUUCCUGCUAUUACAGCAAUAGUUGUUCUUUUAACGACAUUAUUUCCUGCUCAUUUUAGAAACCUUGCCAGUGCUGGUGAUGCAAUUGCCAUAGUCUUGAUGCAGGUUUUCUUUGCUGUUGUGGGAGCCAGCGGGAGUAUUCGGAAUGUCAUCAAUACAACACCUAGUAUUUUUAUGUUUGCUUUUGUUCAAGUAACUGUCCAUAUUAUUGUGACACUAGGGUUAGGAAAGCUAUUUGGGAUGGACCUAAAGAUGUUGCUUUUGGCAUCCAAUGCUAAUGUUGGAGGUCCUACAACAGCUUGUGGAAUGGCUACUGCAAAGGGAUGGACCUCUUUGGUUGUUCCUGCUAUUCUUGCUGGGAUAUUUGGGAUUUCCACUGCCACAUUUCUGGGCAUGGGUUUUGGAAUGUUUGUUCUCAAACACAUGUAAUUUGAGGGACAACCAUGAGUGUCGAUGCAACGGUUGGGUUCAAUUAUUUUUAAAAAAGUCCGACCACGUCAUUUCUUUUUUUGGUAUAA